CGCGCGGCUUUGCCCCCUUUUCCGGUCGGCGUGCUGUGCGAGUGGAGCGUCCGCGGUUCCCGGGCCUUCGCCAUGAGCGUCCCGGCCUUCAUCGACAUCAGUGAGGAAGACCAGGCUGCUGAACUCCGGGCUUAUCUGAAAUCUAAAGGAGCUGAGAUCUCAGAAGAGAACUCAGAAGGCGGACUUCAUGUGGAUUUAGCCCAGAUCAUUGAAGCCUGUGAUGUGUGUUUGAAGGAAGAUGAUAAAGAUGUUGAAAGUGUGAUGAACAGCGUGGUAUCCCUGCUUUUGAUCCUGGAACCAGACAAGCAAGAAGCUUUGAUUGAAAGCCUGUGUGAAAAGCUGGUCAAGUUUCGGGAAGGGGAACGCCCGUCUCUGAGACUGCAGCUGCUAAGCAACCUUUUCCAUGGAAUGGAUAAGAAUACUCCUGUAAGGUACACGGUGUAUUGCAGCCUCAUUAAAGUGGCAGCGUCUUGUGGGGCCAUCCAGUACAUUCCAACUGAGCUGGAUCAGGUUAGAAAAUGGAUUUCUGACUGGAAUCUCACCACUGAGAAGAAGCACACCCUUUUAAGGCUUCUUUAUGAGGCACUCGUGGACUGUAAGAAAAGUGAUGCUGCUUCAAAAGUCAUGGUGGAAUUACUUGGAAGUUACACAGAGGACAAUGCUUCCCAGGCUCGAGUUGAUGCCCACAGGUGUAUUGUACGAGCACUGAAAGACCCAAAUGCAUUUCUUUUUGACCAUCUUCUUACUUUGAAACCAGUGAAGUUUUUGGAAGGCGAGCUUAUUCAUGAUCUUUUAACCAUUUUUGUCAGUGCUAAAUUGGCAUCAUAUGUCAAGUUCUAUCAGAAUAAUAAAGACUUCAUUGAUUCACUUGGGCUAUUACACGAACAGAAUAUGGCAAAAAUGAGACUACUUACUUUUAUGGGAAUGGCAGUAGAAAACAAGGAAAUUUCUUUUGAUACAAUGCAGCAAGAACUCCAGAUUGGAGCUGAUGAUGUUGAAGCAUUUGUUAUUGAUGCGGUAAGAACUAAAAUGGUCUACUGCAAAAUUGAUCAGACUCAGAGAAAAGUAGUUGUCAGUCAUAGCACACAUCGGACAUUCGGAAAACAGCAGUGGCAACAACUGUAUGAUACACUCAAUGCCUGGAAACAAAACUUGAACAAAGUGAAAAACAGCCUUUUGAGUCUUUCUGAUACCUGAUUUUUUUAUGCAUAUAAUUUUGUUCUGUUGGGAGAAAACAAAACCUAAAUCAUAGUAAAACAUUAUAAACUAAAAUUUGACUAGUCUGGGCAUUUAUUAACUCAAAUCGCCAACUACAGAGGCUAGAAAGUAGAUUGUCUGAAAUAACACUUGUUGUAUUCUGUGAGGAAGGAUAUGAAGGAGCAGCACACACUUUGAGAAAAGGAUAAAUGAGAGAGAAAGUGCAAAUUCAAAGAACUCUUGAGUGACAGAGUAGAUGUAGGAUUCCAUCACCGGACAGAAUGCAGAAGUGAGGGCCUGUAGAGCUGUAGGUGGCUCUUCAUUCGUAAAGGCUACCUCAGAUUUGUUACUACAGCACGUCGCCACUGGAAGCCUUACCAGCAUUAUUUUAAUCUGUUGUAAUUUCUAUCAGGUCUUCUGCUUUUCUUUUUUUAGGCUGACGGUCAUUUUCUAAGCCAAGGAACUUCUCAAUUUCAUUGAUUUGAUUUGUUACCAGGCUCUGCCACUUCUCUUCACCAGAAGCAGCAGCUAAGUCAGUGGCGUCUUUACUCUCGAUUGCCUGCAAAUGGCUUAGUAGCGGAGCUGAGCUCAGAGGCUUUGUGUUCACCUAGGAAAGAUCAAGUCUGAAAUUAUAACACUGAAAUUAUAACACAAAAGGCUGGCUUCACAAACUGUUCAGGCUCUGAAAUCUUGAGCAGGUGAUAACGCUGCCAAUUUCUUAGCUGAUUCCCAGUAAUUGUUUACAGUUUUCUGGUGCCAGAGCUUCUGAACAGUAUGAAUUUGUAGGCUUCGGUAGAAGCUCUUCAAGAUCUAAUAUAUUCCAGGGAUACCAUAAAUGUUUUCUAGAAGGUCUUGGCCUUGCAUUAAAAGAUAUUUAAAACAAUGCAGAUAAAAUAGUUUGUCGUCUUUACCCUUCCCUUUCCAUGCAUGUCUGUGUUUUGUAUCUUCUAUCAAAACUAGGGGAAAUUAAAAUUUCUAAACUAUAAAAACUGCCUUUUACUCAUGCUUCCGCGCACCAUUGUUAAAGAAACAGGAAAGAGUAGUGAGGUAUUUGGAAGUUGGCGUUCGUCCAAGGUGCUGCAUUGGGUC